GCUGACCUAGAGCUGGGUGUGGGGGGACGUGCCAGACCCCGUGGCAGAAGGCAGAGCUGUGCUCCUGGCGGGGUUCCGUGUGCAAGGGGCCCUCGGCCUGACGGCCUCUCCCUCCCAGACCUCCACUGCCUGCCCUCGUUCGUCAAUGUCUCCGAGAGCCAGGGGCCCGGCACCGUCCUUUGGUCCUUCUCCUUCAACUGCUCUUCUCAUACACCCACCCUGAAGCUGCUCCAGGUGCAGCCGCCCAGCACCUUCUUCAACCCCCCAAGCCUGGCCAGGUGGCAGGGGCUCUAUGUGGGACAGCUGACCUUGAGCAGCUCCACCCAGCUGGACGCCCUGGCCGUGAACCACUAUGAGCUGCAGCUGCAGGUGACAUGCGGCAACGACGUGACCCAGGGACCGCUCUCCGUGGAUGUGCGGCGGGACCCUGGCCAUGCCCAGUGUACUGGCCGGUUUGUCAGCCCCGCUGGGGAAGUCAUCCAGGUGCCGGAAACAGUCACACCUGGGGCUCGGCUCUACACUUUGCUCCCAGGCCUGGAACUCCAGGGAGCCCAGGUGAGCAUCACCAGUGCCCAGGACCCUCCACACUUCCCUGGACCCUUCUCCAUCAAUGGGCAGGGCUGGCUGCAGGCACCCCCUCAGGGCCUCAGAGGCCAGGCUCCAAAGCUCUUCCAGCUCCAGGUGCUGGUGACCUUUCGGCGAGGCCGCAGCUGCCGGGGGCUGCUGACCGUGCGCGUCCUGCCGGCCCCCUCCCCCCGGGUCGCCUUCCCGGAGCGGAACCUGAGCGUCACGGUGCCCGAGGACCUGGCCCCUGGCAGCUCGGUGGCGCGGGCGCAGGCCCAGGGCUGGGACGUGCGCUACGAGCUCCUCUCGCCGGCGCGCGGCCCGCUCUUCUCCAUCGGACGCGCGGACGGCGUGGUCCGGACCUCCGGGCCCCUGGACCUGGCGCGGGCCGGCGCGGCGCUCACCACGCUGCAGGUGCGGGCCUUCGAGCGGCUGCGGCCGGGGGCCAGCGUCCAGCUGGAUCUCACCGUGAACGUGACCCCGGUCAACCGCUGGCCCCCGCGCUGCCUCCCGGCGCUGCUGCUGACUCAGGUCCCCGAGACCAGGCCUGUGGGCACCGUGCUGAGCACCUUCACCUGCGAGGACCCGGACUCUCCUGGCUCCCCGCUCACCUACCAGCUGCGGGCCCACAGCCCCCACGGCCCGGCCAGCCUCCGCCUUAGCGGCCGGGUCCUGGAGGUGAAUGCCUCCCUCGACUGCGACUCUCCUGGGGCCUGCCCUCAGCUCACGGCCUCCCUCCUGGUGCUGGAUGGCGGUCAGCCCCCCAUGAGCACUGAGGUGCCAGUACUGGUGAUGGUGACCCCCGUCAACGAGUUCUCCCCAACCUGUGUCCCCCGAACAUUCCGGGUCCGCGAGGAUGCAGAGCCCUGCACGCUGCUGGGCUCCGUGGUGGGCACGGACUCGGACUACCCACACGGCGGCAUUGAGUACCACACCCCUGGCGGGCCUGCCACCUUUGCUGUGGACCGGCUCAGCGGCGAGGUUCGCCUCCUGGGGCCGCUGGACUAUGAGCAGCAGAGGCUGCACAGGCUCACCGUCCUGGUGACCGACCACAGCCAAGGCCGGGGCCCGGCUCAGCCCCGCUCCGGCUCCUGCACCAUGGCCAUUGAGGUGGAGGACGUGAAUGACCACGCCCCCGAGUGCGAGCCACCGUUCCAGGAACUCACCAUCCACACUUCCCCGGGCAGUGGCACGGAGGUGACCAAGCUGUCAUGUCGGGUCCCACAGGAGCCACAGCGCCAGGCCUUCUCCUACAGCCUCGUGGGAGGGAAUAGUCAGGGCCGAUUCCGCCUGCAAGGAGCCGCCCUGCUGCAUGACGACCUCCUGCUGGGGGCCUCCCUGCCAGAGCAGCCCCAGACCUAUGAGCUCUUGAUCCGCGUGGCCGAUGCAGGUCCCUCCACCCCCCACCUCAGCACCACAGCCACGGUCAUUGUGCAUCUGGUUCCCUGGAGGGCCAGCACCGUGGCCACCAGCACCAGCAGAGCCACAGUGCCUUCGGCGAUGACGCCCCUGCUUGUGACUCACACGGAGCCUUUCUGGCAGCCGGAGCCCUGGUUUGUGGUGUUGCUGACGGUGACCGGUGCCCUGCUCCUGGCCCUGGGCUGGCUCCUCAGCAGGCAUCUCCGGGGGAUCCAGGGAACUGUGGGGUCCUCUGAGGGGUUCAUCGAGGCGCCAAGGAUGGAGACACCCGAGGCACCCGGCAGCAUCAUGAGCCUGCAACAUUUUGAUGGCAGAGCCCAGGACUCCCGGACAGGCCGAGAGUUCCUGUUCAACUCGCGCUCGGGAGCCUGGCGCUGGCUCUGAGGCCACGAAGCUGCCUCACUGCGUGGGAAUUUCUUCACUGACCCUGGGCUGUGUUUUCAAGUUGAUUCAAUAAUAAACAAAGUUACAAACAGCGAAGGCCCAGCCUUGUCACCCACCCGUGGGAGGAGCUCUGGGAUCUGUGCUUCCUUGU